ACUCAUUCUUUCUGUACCACACCAAUCAAGGUCCCAACCCAACCAUGAGAAAACGUAGCAAUAUGGAAAACGGUGCUGACUUCUUCAAUUCCUUUGCCUCAACUUCCACUUCUACCACUUCUACCACCACCACCACCGCCACCACAACCCCUUCAAUCUUCAUUGACACAACAAACACUUCUAUAUCUAGCACAUCAUCGUCAUCAUCGUCAUCGUCAUCUUCAACCUCAAACUCCUCAAACUCAGAUUCCACUUCUCAAACCUUGUUGGAAAAUGAAAAGGAAUCAAAAGGGUGCUGCAAGAAGAGGAAGUUGGAGAAUCCUUCCUAUAGGGGUGUGAGGAUGAGGAACUGGGGCAAAUGGGUGUCUGAAAUCCGUGAGCCAAGGAAAAAAUCAAGAAUUUGGCUCGGAACAUACCCUACUGCAGAAAUGGCUGCUAGAGCACAUGAUGUAGCUGCUUUAGCCAUCAAGGGUCAUUCUGCAUACCUCAAUUUCCCCGAAUUGGCUCAAGAAAUUCCGACACCAGCUUCUACUUCACCUAAGGACAUUCAAGCUGCAGCUGCAAAAGCAGCAAACACACCCUUUGAUGUUAAUCAUUGCCAAAGUACUAUUGAAGAUGAAGAAGGACAAGAAGAAGAGCCACGCCAAGCACAAAAUGUCUCAUCUUCAAGCUCAAACUCAAACUCCACCAAUGAUGAUGACACUUUGUUUGAUCUACCAGAUCUUUUCCCUGAUGAACUUUGCUCCUAUUCUUCUUCUUGGCAUUUGUGUGCAGUUGGUAGUGGAUUUAGGCUUGAAGAGUCACUUUUUUGGGAGAAUUAUUAGUCAGAGAUUUUUUCUUUUUUUUUUUCUGCACAAAGUUAAAUAAAAAAACAAAGAGGAAAGAAAACGAGAGUAAUUACUCUCAUUUUCUCUUGAGUUUUUUUCUUCUUGUUUAGUCUCUGCAACUGCAUUCUGCACAGAUAAUAAUCAGUUGAAGAAAAGUUUAAAUCUUUCUUUUCAUCUGUAUAUGGGUGUUGUCUUUUGCUA